GUGUUUACGUUGAGAUGCUCACAACAAAGGACAGCGCACCGCGGAGAGGCUGUCUGUCACCGCGGAGAUUUAUUUCUGUGUCACGGUGAGCGUCUGGAAGUCACCGCUGCAGGAGGCAGGAGAUUCAAUAAACGCCAACCAUUAUCGGCUCAUAUAGGGAUUUUUUUUUAAUUUUUUAUUAUUAUUAUUUAUUUGCUGUUAAAGCCGCACAGAGGAGGAGAAAUUAAGAGCAAAUCCUGUUUUUUUGUUUUUGUUUUUUUUGUGUGAUGCCGGUGGAGAUAGCUUAAGGUUGGGGAAAGCCAGGCAGCAGCUGGUGGAGGAGGAGGAGGUGGAGGAGGAGGUGGUGCUGGUGGUGGAGGAGAACGCUAGCAGCUCCACACCGAAGACAAUACAAGGACUUCAUCAUUUCUAUCACAGCAUCACAAGUGACGCUGCGAAGGACGGACGCAUGAAGCAUGAGAGGGUGGAGCUGAGGCUCAGCUGACCCUUCCCCUUCCUUCUCCUCCUUUCCCCCCUCGUGCUCCAUUCGAUUGGCACCUCCCCCCCCUCCCUUUUCCCUUCCCCUCCUUCCCCUUCCUGUCUACCUCGCCGCCCUGCUGGAUCUCACCCAUCUCGCCUCCCCCCCUCCUCCUCCUCCUCCUCCACCUCCACCACCACCACCACCACCUCCUCCUCCACCAGGCCUCAAUCAGCCGUGCCCAAUGUACUCCCCGGAGCAGGAAAACAUCUCCACCACCGCCUCCACCAAAGUGCCAGUGAAGUAUGGAGAGCUCAUUGUGCUGGGGUACAAUGGCUCUCUGCCCAACGGAGACCGAGGCCGACGUAAAAGCCGCUUUGCACUUUGCAAAAGGCCGAAGGCGAACGGGGUGAAGCCCAGCACAGUUCACGUCGCCUGCUCUCCACAGGCAGCCAAGAGCUCAGAUGAGGUGGAGUUGCCUUCGGAAGACAGGGAGAGCCAGGCAGUGAUAAACAGAAGAGCAUGGCAGAUGAGAUCAAAUAGGUUGCCGUGCUUUAUGGAAAACAUGCAGAGCCGGGCAGAGGCCAACAGCAGAGCAGGGCAGGAUAACUCAACUCUGCUUUCAUAUCAGAGCCCAGAUGAGGUGGAGUUGCCUUUAGAAGACAGGGAGAGCCAGGCAGUGAUAAACAGAAGAGCAUGGCAGAUGAGAUCAAAUAGGUUGCCGUGCUUUAUGGAAAACAUGCAGAGCCGGGCAGAGGCCAACAGCAGAGCAGGGCAGAGCUCAGAUGUGGUGGAGUUGCCUUUAGAAGACAGGGAGAGCCAGGCAGGGAUAAACAGAAGAGCAUGGCAGAUGAGAUCAAAUAGGUUGCCGUGCUUUAUGGAAAACAUGCAGAGCCGGGCAGAGGCCAACAGCAAAGCAGGGCAGAGCUCAGAUGAGGUGGAGUUGCCUUUAGAAGACAGGGAGAGCCAGGCAGGGAUAAACAGAAGAGCAUGGCAGAUGAGAUCAAAUAGGUUGCCGUGCUUUAUGGAAAACAUGCAGAGCCGGGCAGAGGCCAACAGCAGAGCAGGGCAGAGCUCAGAUGUGGUGGAGUUGCCUUUGGAAGAAAGGGAGAGCCAGGCAGGGAUAAACAGAAGAGCAUGGCAGAUGAGAUCAAAUAGGUUGCCGUGCUUUAUGGAAAACAUGCAGAGCCGGGCAGAGGCCAACAGCAGAGCAGGGCAGGAUAACUCGACUCUGCUUUCAUAUCAGAGCUCAGAUGAGGUGGAGUUGCCUUUGGAAGACAGGGAGAGGGUGCCAGUGAUAAACAGCAGAGCAUGGCAGGCCAUAAGCAACAAAGACCAGCACAGCAUCUCUUACACUCUGUCUCGAGCCCAGACGGUGGUGGUGGAGUACACCCAUGACAGCAAUACAGACAUGUUCCAGAUCGGUCGAUCGACGGAGAGUCCGAUAGACUUUGUCGUGACGGACACGGUGGCAGGCAGCCAGAGCAACGCAGACACCCAGUCGGUCCAGAGCACCAUCUCCCGCUUCGCCUGCCGCAUCAAGUGCCAGCGCACGCCACCUUACACCGCACGCAUCUACGCCGCAGGCUUCGACUCCUCCAAGAACAUCUUCCUCGGGGAGAAAGCUGCAAAGUGGAAGACAUCUGACGGUCAAAUGGACGGGCUGACCACCAACGGCGUGCUGGUGAUGCAUCCUCGAAACGGCUUCACCCAGGACUCCAAACCGGGCGUCUGGAGGGAGAUCUCCGUCUGCGGCAACGUCUUCACCCUGCGAGAGACCCGCUCGGCGCAGCAGCGAGGAAAGAUGGUGGAAACUGAGAGCCAGGAGCUGGUCGACGGCUCUCUUAUCGACCUCUGUGGAGCGACCUUGCUGUGGCGUACCGCCGAAGGCCUGGCACGCACCCCCACCCUCAAACACCUGGAGGCUCUGCGGCAGGAGAUCAACGCAGCCCGCCCUCAGUGCCCCGUGGGCUUCAACACGCUGGCCUUCCCCUCCAUGCGUCGUAAGGACACGCCGGACGAGAAGCAGCCCUGGGUCUACCUCCAGUGUGGCCACGUGCACGGAUACCACAACUGGGGCAACCACCGCGAGGAGAGGGAGGGCCGGGAGGGCCGCCACAGGGAGUGCCCCAUGUGCCGAGCUAAAGGGCCGUACGUGCCGCUGUGGUUGGGCUGCGAGGCAGGAUUUUACGUGGACGCCGCCCCGCCUACUCACGCCUUUAACCCGUGCGGCCACGUUUGUUCAGAGAAGACGGCGGCCUUCUGGAGUCAGAUCCCUCUGCCGCACGGCACACACACCUUCCACGCCGCCUGCCCUUUCUGUGCCCAACAGCUGUCCGGUGAGCAGGGCUACGUCAGACUCAUUUUCCAGGGACCCCUCGACUAGCAGGGGCAACUUCCGCAGCAUCCUUUGGGGCGAGGCAGAGCGGGAGGUUUUUUUUGUUUGGACCUGGCAUUGAACACGGGGGGGAACUGCCCUGAUUUGUUUUCUUUUCUCUGCAGUUCGAAUAUAAACUUUUUUCUGGACUUUUUGUCUCUUUCUCAUAUUUAAGUGACCUUUGUAUUGCUUUUUUCAUGAAUGACAACAAAGAUUUCUAUAUUUUCACGUGAAACCAGAGACACAAAAACCAAACAAAGAACACUGCUGGGUAAACCUUUUGUUUGUUCCUCGGGAAAGAACUUUCAACAACAGUAUUUUUCAAAGUUACUAACAUACUGUAGCGCAGACAUACGGUUUUUAUUCCUGUCGAUUGUUGCAAUAUUACAUCUGUGUACAUCUCUUAGAGCUAAUUUAAACAAAGAUGUUUAUUUAUGGCCCAGGAACCGACGCUUCAUCCUUUAUCUGUCAGAUUAUGUCUAACUUCAAUACUAUUUAGCAUUUUCAUUUGAAAAUACAGUAUAUCGUUAAUCAGAUUUAAAGUUCUAGGUGUGUUCUGAGGGUUUCGUUCUGUGUCUUUGCCGUCCCCCAUGUUCACCUCUCAGAUCUGUUUGUCGUAUUUAUACACCCCGUCCCCCUCAGCGUGCUCCCACUCUGCGUGUCGACCCUUCAGUUUUAGUCUCAUCAAGGCGUCGCCAUGGCCUUUUCGCAUUCAAAGCAAUAGAUUUGGAAACGGAAACCUCCUAGAGCAUUAUGGGAAACUGAGUCCUUUUAGGCGUCAGACAGCCUGAGCGACUGCUCCAUCCCUUUAAAAAAAAGUCAGAGUGACACGGUUCUGCUGGGUGAGUGAGGUCAGCCAUGAUACCGCAGCUAUGUAGCUAAUGUCAGACAUCAUGCCUGCACACACACACACACACACACACACACACACACACACACACUCUAACCAGACCUGGUCAAACACUUCUUAGUGUUCCUAAAAUGAAAAAGACCUCGAAUACAGAUGUUAUUAAAGUGCUGUUACCAGAUGCAGUAUUCUGAUCAGUAUUAAUCUUGGAAAUGAGAAUUUAAUUAAUAACUUUUGCCAUUAAAACAUCGUGCUGACUGUUUUUUAACAGCAACAGAUACUUCAAUGAAACGGAAACUUUCACUCCAGCCAGUGUUUGUACGACGCUUUGUGAUGGUGCGUCUGAUCAUUCCGUGUGUUUUAUUUUGAAAAGCCGCAGGAUCUUAAACGAGCAGUCGUGAUUUGUUAAAGCCAUAACGAGCGAGCAGGUGGACUCCCAUCCGUCUGAUACACGAAGCGACAGAACACACAGGAGAGAAAAAAAAAACACACAAGUGUAGCUGUUUGACUCAGGUUUGAUGCACACGAACACAUGCAUUAUUUAUUCGUGGGUGUGUGUGUGUGUGUGUGUGUGUGUGUGUGUGUGUGUACUCAUCAGGGUUUCAUAUUCAUUUGUGCUUUCUGAAUCAGUGAGUACAAAACAUCAGGGCUGCUGAAAACCAUGAUGAGGAACUGUAUGUUUAUUUCUUCUAGAAGCUUCCUCGUGACGAUCACGAGGGGUUAAUGAUUGUUUUUAAUCAGCUGCCAUUUUUAAAGAGUGACAUUAACAGUGUCUUAACGAGCUGUAGUUUAAUUUCACAUGAAUUCUGUCAGGUGGCCAAACGACAAAAAGAAACCGAUGGCUGUCGUCUAGUUAACGCGGUCUCAAACCAUGCAGUCAGACAAAAGAGCACUUAUUUACAAGAGAUAUGAUUUUAUUAGUUUAUUGUUAUUUCUAUUUUUUUUUAUUUGAAAGCCAUUAGAAAGAUGGCAAGAAACGAGAGAGAGAGAAAGUAGAGAGAAGGUGACCGACCCGAUACAAACCAGAGACGAGUCUCAAUCCUCCAGACCUCAUUGGACUAUGAUUUCAGUCAAACUUUAAUAAUUAUUUCAUAUUUUUAGCAGCUCUAAUGACAGCUGCCACCAACAAAUGUACUCAGCUGUAGUUAGUUAACGUGGUGGGACCUUAAAUUUCAAGCUCUACUUGAUUUCUUCAGAACCGUUCUGUUUGUACAGAAGUGGAAUCUGUGGUAGUGCUUGGUACAUUCGUAUGUGGUUUUAAAAAGAUGUUCAAAAGAAGGCCUGGAGUUUUACUGAUUGAAAAUAGUCACAACAUUCAGGUCAGAAAAUCCUUCAGCGACCUUUAAAAAACAAAAAACAGGCAAGCAAACGAUGAAGUACGUAGGAUUUUGAACCAGAAGUGACCAAACCUUCCCGACACUCGCCACAAAAUCUCCAAAGAAUUACAUCAGUAUUAUGAAUGUCACAGUGAAACAUACGUCACUACUUGGAUGCACAAAAAAAUGUGAGAUUUGAUAUGUUGAAAGUAAUCUAAACGAAGACACGGUGAAAUGAGCCAGAAGACUUUAAA